AUGCGGGCAAUGCAUCCCAUUAUCAUUGAUUGUGUCCACAGAUUAGACAACUAUUUGGAGACCAAAGCCAUGACUGGAGGAGACGUGGAGAUGAAGGAAACGAUGGGAAGCCUAACGAUCGAUGCGAUCGCUUCGUGCGCUUUCGGCACCAAAAUAGACACAUAUAAUGACCACAAGAAGACCAAUGAAUUCCUAUUAUAUUCACAAAAGUCAUUGCAUCUCAAACUGUGGAGGUGUCUGGUGUUUGGGGCCCUCUAUGCCAUAUCACCCAAACUGCUUAAGUGGACUGGAUUUCAGUUUGUUGACCCAUCGAGUCAAGCAUUUUUUGCUUCACUGAUUCAGUCAAUUGUGGCGAAACGAAAGUCAGAGAAAGUGCGACAAAGAGAUUAUUUACAGCUUUUGAUUGACGCCCAGAACCGUAUGAAUGCCCACAAUCUAAAGGACGCAGAGAUUCAUGAUUUAAAUGAAGACAUUUAUGGAAAGACGGAAUCGACGGAAACUAGUAGCUCACCAAAAUCCAAGAGCACCGGUAGUAUCACAGACACCGACAUACUGGCCACGAGCUAUCUAUUCAUAACGGCCGCCUACGAGACUACCAGUACUUCGUUGUCACUCCUGUUCCACAGUCUGGCCGUCAAUGAGAAGUGUCAGCAAAGACUGUACGAAGAAGUGAGUCGUUUGGACGGACACUACGACUACGAGAGUGUCUCACAAAUGCCGUAUUUGGAGGCAUGUAUUGCCGAAACACUCAGACUUUAUAAUCCCGUUCCGGGCACUCCUCGAUUGGCGGCACAGGAAUACACUAUUCCUGAUAUGGGAUUAACGAUCCAGAAAGGAAUGUUGAUUAUGUUUGACAUCCAGUCCCUUCAUCACAAUCCCGAGUACUACCCGAACCCCGACCGCUGGGAUCCCGAGAGGUUUAUGCCUGAAAAUCGUGACCAAUUGACUCCAUACACGUAUAUGCCGUUCGGGACGGGACCCCGAAAUUGUGUGGGAAUGAGGUUCGCAUUAAUGGAGGCCAAAACAGCCGUCGCUCAUUUGGUUCAUAAGUAUAGAUUUAGGACAACACCCAAGACUACAGUUCCGCCGAUUAUUAGAAAACAUGGUUUUGUAUUAAAUACGGAGGACAUACAUAUUGGUGUAGAACUU